AUGCGAAUUCUGUUCCUGCUCUCGUGUCUUCUUGCCUGGGUCCUCGCGGCGCCAAUGAUGGACCGAGACGACGCCAUCCGAUUUUUGGACAACUACUUGCGUCAAUUCGGACCCGAUGACAACUAUAUGUCAUUGAUCAACGAGCACCCGCUCAAUAUUCCAUUGCUAUCCGGAAAAUCGACAAUUUUCAGAUCCAUCAAACGCGGACUGGGUCCUCGUCCGUUGCGAUUCGGCAAAUAG